UUGCGACGCCGCCGCCAGAGGUAUCCUAGAGACACGUACACUAUAUAUCCGGCUUUUCUCUCGUACAGGGAUAAGUAUUCGAAUAGUCGUAGUGCACGUGAACAGUGAAUAUCAAGAUUCAAAUCUUCGAGAGAUCUUCUCUGGGUUCUCUCAAGAAAUCGAUUGAAAGCAAAUAAGCAUCGAUGAUCGACUACUCGGAACAACAUCUGACUGAUAAAUAAAACAGAAAGGAAGAAAUCAAUAUCCAAAGGGACCCAAAGAGUUCGUAUAACGCAAAACGUUUCAACGAUGACGCAAAUUAUAUGGAAUCAUUGAAAAUUACAAUGUAAAUGGUGGUGGUGUUAAAGAAGGUAUCGAUGAGUCGUAUGUUAUCCAACUUCUCAAUAAUCCCCGGCGAUAAGAGUAGCAGACUUUAAGGAUAUUAUCCUUGAUCCAAAUGACGCGUACCAGGAUAUUAAAGGCCAGGAGUGACGUGAUCGUGUUCGCGAUUAGAAUCAAAUGACGAACGAGCCCCGUGGUUCCUUCCAGAAGGAGAAGAAGAGACGUUUGCUGGAUUCAUUGGUACCCAACGUGACACACAACAUCUCAAAUUUAUCAGAUUGGGUUAACGUUAUCCUUUGAUACCAUUGUUGUCGAAAAGAUCCUACCUUGGUAAGAUUUUUGUAAACAGGAGAUCCUGGAAGAUUUCAGUAAUUUGAAUUGCAAAUUCAUGUGGCGAUUGCUGUAGUAACGGAAACUCUAUCGGCCCAAAGGCUUUAAUUAGCGAGAAGUUCAAGGGAAAGGAUUACAGAUCUCGCCCUUGACUGUUUGCGUUUCACCUAAAUUCAGCAUUGACUGAAAAACUCUCCGUUUGGAGAGACAAAGACAUCGACUUGUUAAGUGGAAAAAGACGAAGCAUCAAGAAGAUUCUCAGGAUCAUCAGAAUGAUUUCAAAACGCACAAUUUUCGUGGCAACCGACUUGGAUUGUUUGCUGUUACCCCUUUAGAGGUAAAGUUACUCUACUAGCUGCCGACUAAAUUCGUCGUCAUCUCCGCGAACAGUCAAUCUAUUUAUUGCUGAAGAUGCAUCCGGGGUUGCUGACCGGCUAGGUGUCACCAGGCUAAUUUUAGACGUUCGUGAAACCGGAAGUCAUCAAGAUCGUGAUCGAAGCUGACAAGGACACGGUCAAGAUCAAUGAACGUUAUUGCUGGUGGCCUAACCUUUGGUGCACAUGCUCGUCACUUUGUUUCUGCUCACGAACGAUAAUAUUCUGCGUCUUAUUCUACUGUCUUCUUUUUCAUAAUUUUCUACGUUCAAGUAAAUGCUGACUUAUUCCACUUUUGUAUCGAAUACAUCAAUUUAUAAUUCCGAAGACUUUUCACUUCGUUUCUAUCGACACCCUCGAAGCUUGCAGUUUGAUUUAUUACAAUCUGACAACAGGGGUCGUUCAAGUCCAGAUUAUCCGACAACGAUGGGGGUGUGAUAAAUUAGGAGGUAUUCAAAAGCAUCUCUAACAUCUUGGAUUCACCAAGCGUGACUGAUUGCCUGCGAUAAAUUCCUCCCGCAAUUUUGUCGAAGACCAGCCAACACUUUCAUCAUCUAUUUAUAUAUAUAUGUGUUCUAACCGAACAUAGCCGAAACGAAGCACAAAAAUAGUGUGAUAACUUGUGAUAAUUUUAACGAAUUCCAAGUAUCCUCUACUUAAGGGUGAAGAAGUACCCUGAUAGCAGCUUGAAGAUUUUUUCAAAAUGUCGAGUUCACCGGGAGCCCGUAAAGUGCCACCGCCAAGGCCGAAAAUCCAACUUCCUCUGCCGGGACAAUUUUAUCCGCAAACAGGGAUGGGUUACGUGCCCACCCCAUAUGGGCAGACUCCCAUCCCCAUGACGCCCGUUUCCGGUCAACCGCAGAUGAUAUACUCGAACAGGGCGAGCGAGUUUGUUUUCAGUCAGUUCAAAGGCAUCAAGGACUGGACCAAGUCAGGGCUGAGCGUCGGCGAGAAGAGUGCGUUCUGGCUUUACGAGAAGGUCAGUUCCUGGAGCAAACGAUGGUUCACGCACAUUUUCUUAUUUGUUGUCGUGCUUUUGUACAGUAUCGGGGGUGCGAUGAUAUUCGUCACGAUCGAGGGCACGAACGAGGACAUGAUGCAUUUCAACAUUCGUAAAGAGAGAAACGAGACACUGACAAUAAUUAGAGAGUUGUGGAACGACCAGCUUUUGGGAGAACUCGGAUCUGUGGGAUGGCCGCGCGAGGAACGAAUUAAUGAAAUAUGAGGAACAUCUGUACGAGUUCUACAAACGUGGCCUGACGGAUCGUGGUCAAAAGGUGUGGACAUUCUGGAAUGCCGUGUUCUACUGUGGCACUAUUUACA